AUAUUGGCCGAGGAUACGUCUGAUGUUUUGAUAAAUACAAACUUGGAGGACGAAGAAAGAGCUGAAACCACUCGCGCGAAUAAGCGCAGACUUGCAGGUCUUGGAGGUAUUUUGCAAGAUGAAGAUGAAGAGGUGCUGAUGGGGCUCCGAGAAAAGGGGGUUUUGGAAAAAUAUGAUGUCGAAAUCAAUGGGCUGAAAAAGGCUCAAUUUAUACUUGAGGCCAAUGGUACCUAUGCCACGGAUCACGAGCGUGCCUUGCGUCAUUUGCAGGAGGAGCUCCAAACUGCUCGGCAAAGUCUAGAAGAUAAGGAACUACGUCCAGCUUCCGAUUUUUACACCGCUGACGAGAUGGCGCAGUUCAAGAAGAAGAAGAAGAGGAAAGUUCAGCGAAGGGUUCUGCGCGCGGAUGAUUUGAUUUCAGGUUCAGGAGCCUCAUUCGCUUCCUCUACCGACCACGGUUCUCGAGGCCGUCGUGGGGUGCAGGACAUGGUUGGACCGACGCUGAAGGAGGAGGGGGAGGUAGUGGACGUGAGGAAAGUCGAUGAAGAUAUGAAGCCAUCAGCGCUCGCUCCUUUGAGCGGCUUGAAUCCUGCGAUCGCGGCUCUCCUCUCUGUUCAAACGGUUCCCGAGGAGGAAGACCAGCUUGAUGAUGAUGUUGACCGGUGGAUCGCGGAACCACUAGAACCAGACAACCUUCAAUUAGAGCUGGAGAAGACGCUGAGUCGUGUUCGCAACGCCAAUCUGGCAAAGUCUAUUUUGAAACCUGAAGAAAGGUUGCAAGCGGUAAUGAAGGAGGUGGAAUCUGGAGCAGUUGUUCCGAGGGCCCAGUAUGCAAGUUCCAGUGGUGGCGGCGGUCUCGUGUUCGAUGCAACUGCAGAGUUUUUUAAACAGAUCUCGGGUGGACUUCAGAACGAUGUGACUGCGAAGCUGGUGAAGCGGGAAGAGGAUUCGGAAUUAGAGGCGGAGGCGGAGGCAGAAGCAGAGGUCCAAAGAAGACAGCGGGCGCGCGAUAGAGAUUUGAGAGGCGAGCGACACCACCGUGAUAGCAGCAGUCGAUGCAUCUCGUCUACCAGUGAGCAACGCUUUUCCUACAAUUCGUUGUUAUUACACUCUUCACACUUGCCGUUUCAACGUGGUGUUGCAGAGCACUCCUCGUCUCGCCGUCACUACGAAGAAAAGGUUCCUGUGAACAAGUCGUUCAGCAAAGGGAGGCUCAAAGAUGGGGAGGAUAAGGAUGGUACUAAUGUCAUCUCUUUCGCUCCCACUGCAUCCGCUGGAGGAGGAGUGUUUGAGGAGGAACCUACUCUGAAUCAAGGCGUCUUUUCGGCUUUGCUUCUGGCUCAGAAAAAGGGCUACGUGGAAGAGGAGAAGGAGAAAGAACGUCCGAUGGGUCAAUUGGUGAACUUGAUGGCGAAGCACUACGUAAAGGAGGAUGUCCGUUACGACGAUAUUGACGCUAAGUUUGCCAAACGUGAACGCUACAAUGGUCCUCUGUGCGACUUUCGCGAAAAGUCCAGCUAUAAGCCGGACGUAAAACUCUACUACGUGGACGAGAUGGGCCGUAACCUCACUCCCAAGGAGGCUUUUCGACAGCUCAGUCACAAAUUCCAUGGCAAGGGGUCGGGCAAGAAGAAGACUGAAAGACGAACCAAGAAGAUAAUUGAGGAGGCGCUCAUCAAAAAUAGUGUUGGCUCGGACACUCCGUUGGGAACGCUAGACAAAUUGAACAAGAAACUUGAAAAACAAGGAACACCAUAUGUUGUACUGAGUGGAAAGGGUUCUGCCACGUAG